AUGGAAUACUUGGAGGGAAGAAUUUUUGAAGAUGUACUGUUCUCACCACUUCCUAUUGAAGAACGCAGAAAAUGUUGGUAUUCAGCCAUUGACACCCUUGUAAAACUUCACUCAGUUGAUUAUAAGUCCAUAGGGCUUGUGAAUUAUGGAAAGCCAUCAGGAUUCUAUUCUCGACAAAUUCGUUCAUUGUUCAAAGUUUCAGAAGCCCAGGCUGCUACAAUGGAUGAUAAAGGUAAUAAAGUAGGCUCUCUUCCAAGACUCAAUGACAUGAUUCAAUGGUUUAAAAAUAAUGAAAUUUUGGAUGAUACAUCUAUUAUUCAUGGGGAUUUUAAGGUCUUUCAUCCAACCGAAUCACGAGUUAUUGGAAUAUUAGAUUGGGAACUUUCAACUAUAGGCCAUCCACUUUCUGAUCUUGCAAACUUGUCAAUGAAUUUUUUUACUAAAGACCUUCCUGGUUCCCCUAUAACUGGCUUACGUGAUGUUAAAAAUUUACCAAUUCCAUCAGCUAAUGAAUUAAUUCAAGCUUAUUGUGAAAAAUCUGGUCGACAGUAUCCAAUACCGAAUUUUGAAUUUGCUAUCGCGUUUACAUUGUUUCGGACCGCUGUUAUCUUGCAAGGAAUUGCUGCACGUAUAGCCCGUAAACAAGCUAGUUCUGCUAAAGCAAAUGCCUAUGCUAAAAUUUUUAAAGAUUGUGCUUUAAUGGAGUUUCGCCAACAAAAUAUUAAUGGCUAUCCGUUUGCC